UGCAACUAAAAAGAACAGACCACAUCGGUCAUCCCUAGUUUACAUCAUGGUCGCUCUACGACUGCUUACAACUGUCAACACCGAUCAAUUAACAGCAUAAUGUCUAAUAAGAUAGCUACCAAGAAGGCAGAACUCAAAGACGACGUUAAGUCACGUGUGCGAUCGAGAGCGAAGAAUCCAUCGAGCAAUGAAGGUAACGCGGAAGCGUCGAAAAAAUCGGAAUCCAGUUAUCCGAGGAAGUUGCAAACCGCCGAGCACAAAGGGGAUGGAGACAGAUCCAAGGCGUCACAUAGUUCCUUGACGAGCAGAACACAACCGACUAGAAGCACCAGCAAGCAGCCGGUCAGUUCUUCUCAGCCUAAGACUAUCAAGCAAAGUCUCACACCUUCGACAUCCAAAUCUAGUCUGGUUAAGGCUUCGUUGUCUAGUCACUCGAUGAAAAUGAACGCGAGUUCCAAGACGAGGGCUGAAAAUCUCGCUGCUAAAUCGAACGACGAUAGCACAGUGAAGAGGCGGAAGUCGAGAGAAGCUGGGUACUCGGAGAAGAGAGGCCUCAGCACGAUCUACGUACCAAAGUCGACCACGAGUAAGCUAAACGUCAAACCCAACGAGAAGAUUACGUCUCAAACAAAGGGGAAAACGCAAGACAUUCCUGUAUCUGGUCGAACUAAACCACGGAUGUCAUCCAGAGAACGCAGAAAAUCCAGGACGCUAAGUCCCAGCGAAAUUAGAAUGCUGCAUAGCGCCAUAGGGCGGCCGAGCGACGUGGACAAAGAUACGAAGCAAAAUAAGGGCAGAAACGCGCAAGCGAAUUCAGACGAGACUGGCUACGAGUACGAGGACGAUUUCGAGGAUUACGAAUCCGAUUUUCAGGAAUGCACAGACAGCGAGGCCUCUCCGAUCAGCGAGAGGUCGGAUAGCAGUGACGACAAUUCCCAGCCGGAAACUAUCGAGCUGCAGACGCGGGAGAAGAAGAGCGUAGUGAACAGCACGGAGCAUGCAAAAGCCGAAGAGGAACGCAAGCUGGACUCGGGCCACUACGAUCUCGCGGAGGCGAGGAAGAGAGCGGCGCGGAUGGAAUCUAUGGUCGUGAAUCACUCGAACACACCGCCGUUGCCUGAACUGAAAGAGCCGGUCGGCAAAGCGUUUAGCGAUGACAGACCGGCGGAGAACAAAUCUUUGCCGUCGUCCGCCGACGAGGGCUUCGAGGACAGCCGCUCGGGAGACUUUACUAAAUCUCCGCCACUGUCGCAGACACCAUUUAUCGACUUCCGCAAGUCGAAGGAAAAUUCUCGCGAGGAGAACUCGCGAAAGCAUCGAAGCAGGGGCGAGGAAUUGUUGGAAAUGAUAAAGCUGGAUUUUAUGGGAUGGUCGAUACUAGAGUGCAGCCCCGUGCCUUACGACGAGUUUAUCAGAAAUUACGGGAAACUGAACACUCAACAGAUAUUUACUCAAACCGGCGAUGAUGACAUGGACAUCGAGAUACAAACAGACGAAGUGCUUCACAAGAACAAGUGGACGCAGUUUCCUGUCACUUGCAGGAAGGGAUUGCGCGACAGUCAGGACGUGAACUCGUUCAGAUUGGAGCAAAUCGGCGUCGGGGGUGAUUUGGAAGAUCCAGAGGACACAAGUUUCCCUUUACGGCCGUCAUACGACGUAUUGCGCUUAAACGACUUUCUGAAUCGUGCCGGCACGGUCGUGCUGUCGCUCUUGGAGGAGAGAGAACACGGUGGCAACGUUUUCCAGAAUGACACGGAGGAGUUACCGUUCAGCGACGGCUUCGUUAAGCUCUCCGUGAAUACCGUGACGUUUCUGGCCGGUCGAGCGGUCAAAAUCAUACAUUAUUCGGACGUUCUGAGCAAAGUUCUGCUCACUGUGCAUUCCCCCGUAGAAGAGGAGAUAGAAACCGUCAGUAAGCAGGAUUACAUCACCGACCGUUGCAUCGGCUGCGUCUGGAACGUCUCCGAGCCGUCGAUGCCGAAGAAACUGUUCUACUCGCAGUGUCCCAUCACCGCCUGCUGCUUUCAUCUGACUAAUCGCAACGUGGUGUUUGCCGGGCUCGAGGAUGGGUCGUUGAGUCUCUGGGAUCUCAAGGAGGACGAAAUGUGGCAUCAGAAAGUCACGGACAAGGCCAACGAAUUGGACUGGGUGAUAAGGACGCCCACUUACACGACCACGGCGGAUGCGGAGUCGGACACGCACACGUCGCAGAUCGUCGCGAUACGCGUGCUCUCCAAGUUGGAGGCCGCCCCUGCGAGAGGAAGGAGCGACAAGUUUGUCCCCAUUCAGAUAUGUAGCUUAGACGAGGACGGUUGUCUCGUAGUGUGGAGCAUCGUACACAGCAUGGGUGUAAAUAUCGACGACCUGGGGCUCUCUCACUGGGGCGACAUUAGACUCGUAAAGAAUCAGAAAAGAUUUCUGAGCAAAGGAGACGCGCAAACAACGAACGCGUUUCUCGAUAUGCGUGUUGACAGUGCGGACACGAAUAACGUUUACGUCGCGACUAACAGCACCGAUGUUACGCAUGCCACUUGUAUCGGUAACAGAACUAACCCCUUGACGUACAAACCAGCCGACAUAAGCGGAUGCGGUAAUUCGACGUGCAUCGAAGUCUGUCCUUUCGGCCAGUCGUUCUUUUUGGUCGGCUGUGACGACGGGACGAUUCGACUUCAUUUCUUGAACGUGGAGAGACCAAUCGUACAGCUGAAAAACGAACAAUUUACCAGCGGCAUCAAAGUUCUGCAAUGGUCGAGAACGAAACCGUCAACUGUAUACGUCUUGGACGAUAUGUCGCGAAUUCACGUGUGGGAUUUGAGCGAGAGUGACGUCUGUCCUAUACAUACGUUCUCCGUGCAAAAGUGGGGAAAGAUAAGCAGCAUGCAGCUGUCAUCUUGCACAAUGGAGCAAGAUAUGGCGAAUCAGUACUUGGCUUUCGGGAUGGAGUCUGGUAACGUGGAGGUGCAUAAACUGAGGAAAAAUUUCUACCACUCGAGGAGGGAAGAGUUUUUACAAGAACUCGACAUCUUUUCGCGAUAUGUCUCGGUUACCUGAACGACACGAUCACUAUAAUAAGUAUUGAUAACGAGGAACGAAUUAUAAUAACCAACUACACCGGUAGUCUCGUAGAGUUGCAUAAGAGUUCUGUCAUGGUUGUCAGGAUUCUGUGGUUGAUUACACGAAUUUUAUACUUCCAAUCUACACGUGCACUUGCAACGCAAACGAGGUGGGUGGUUCGGAUAAGUAUCGCUUUAGGGGUUCCCCAUUAGUGUAUUCCCAUUUUCUAAACACAGUGAUAUCGAAGAUUCUUAACCGGACUCUCUUACUCUUAUUUGAAUAUUUGCUUCACGAUUGUUCGGUGAAUUCGUAACGGUGCCCGAAAACUGUUUAUGCAUGGCUGCGUUAAGGAGACUCUAUUAGCGCUAUGCAAACGCUGCUAAAAUAGAAACCAAUGCGCGAUAGUGAUAACAAACUCCACGGACAGCAGUAGCAUAGCGUUGUGGUAUUAUCGCGUUAUCGAGUCGUUUCCGCAAUUUAAAUAUCUGUAACAUUUCGAAAAUUCCUUUAAACGCGGUUGUCCAUUACCAUUUGACAAGGUGAGAUAUCGAUAUCGCUAUGUUUAGAGAGUCCCAUUGGAGAAUGGGACUGCAUUAAUGGAGUAAUCCUCUGUACGAGUUGCAGAUAACUUGUUACGUUUGGUUGGUAACGGGGUAGUCGGUUCUGAUUGGUAUUAUAAUUUCUAACGUUUGCGAAUAACGAACGUAUAACAGUGUCCUAUCGCGCCGAUGAUAAUUUCGAAGGUGAGAGUACAGUUUCAAGGUCGCGUAAUCUCAAUACAAUACACACACGUACGAACCGAUGUUGACUCUGUAUACUG